CCGGCCGCGAGCUGUGGAGAGGAAGGUGCGCCGAUGGCGCAGAGUCGAAUAUCACUUCAGUGAGUAUUACCGUAGUGUGCGGUUGUGUUAAUAUAGUGUUGAGCUGAUGUCUAACGUUUUAAUAGAAGAGAAAGUGUCCGUGUGAAUUUGUGUAUGGGUGGAGGACGACAAGCGGCACACAAAGACAGGUGACUGAUUACACACGCAAGCAAAACAGUAUCCGCUGGGGUUUCGCAAGGGAGGGUCGUGAAGAUGACGGGGGUGGACGAGAUAAUAAAUUAUCAAAGGCACCCUGACGACGACUUCUAUGCUCUUCUGGGCUGCGACGAAAAUUCCAGCGCUGAGCAGAUCAUCGCCGAGUACAAGGUACUCGCUCUGCAGUACCACCCCGACAAGAACGAUGGCGAUAAGGAUGCACAAGCCAAGUUUCAAAAACUGAAGGAUGCCAAAGAGACUUUGUGUGAUCCGGCUAAGCGCGCUCUCUAUGAUAAGUGGAGGAAUAGCGGCAUAGCUAUGGGAUACAAACAGUGGCUGGGCAUGAAAGACCACGUCCAGCAAUCUAUGCACUGGUCCAAGCCCAACACUAAGGACCGCAUGCUGGAGGGUGAGGGAGGUCGCUCUGGGCCUUCCAGCCUCGGACCGACUAACGCUGCGGCCCGCCGCGCUUCCGAAGGUGGCGCCGCACUCUGGGGCCGUUUCAGCGGCAACCAGGAGCCGCCCUCUGAAGUCAUCUCCAAGUUCCGCAAUUAUGAAAUCUAAUUCCAUAGUUGCGAGCUUUAAAAUUCCCGCCCUUCUUUAUUUGUUCACUUUGGCUCUUCCAUUCUUUGUUAAUUUUUGUUAUUAAGUUUAGUUUUAAAAGAGGUUAGUUGUGCCCUGAUCUCUUUUUGCAAUUAUGAUGUGUGAUCGGCACAGCGCUCGUGAUUACCAGGCUGUUAUCACUUGCCAUUUGAAUUCUCUUCGUGUUGUAUUUGACUAGAAAUCUACUAAUUAGUACUUAUUAUUAGAUUUAAGGUCGGUUUAAUUAGUUUUAACGGCACAAUAUUCAUCACGUCAGCUCAAGAACAAACUCGAAUGUGGCUCGGUAUCUUAACUAAAUGUAUUACUAUGUUCGUUGUGCUAAAUGUAUUCUGUUGUAUGUUAGCGGUUAAAAUUAGCAUCCUACCCCUUAGCGCUCUUGACUAGUGUCAAACACUUCUAGCCUAGUACCCUUAGCUGUAAGCUAUGCACAUUCCUGAUAAAACACAAGAGUCUGAUUAUUAAACAUUUCUGCUGUAGAACAAUAUUUUAUCUAUAAGUCUUUAUGAUAUUUUGAAGAGUUAUAUUUUUGACCCUCUUUUAUGACUAUUUAUCUUACUAUAAGUAUUAUUUUUCAAGAUGGAUGUGGAUUAUAUCUGUAAUAGUUGUGAAAUUUAAUACAGGGUAUAGAGGAGACAGGGGAUGUUCCGUUUAGUUCAGCUCUCCGAUUUUGUUCGCGACGGCGACUCUGUAUAUGUUCAAUAAAAUCACAGUAUUUGAUCCAAAAUAGAUGUUGUGUUCCCCAGUAGAGUUUAAUCAUAGUCGACUCUACGUAGAGAUUAAUAGGCAUAUUCUAUGUGUUACAUGAAUGUUUUUAAUCAGUAUUUACGUUGGAUGUUUAAGAAAUAUCAAUGUGCGUUUAAAUUAUAUUGAUGGAGUAGUGAAUUUUAAAAUUUUAAAUGUUUUACUCGAUGGGAA